AUGUCAAAUAACAACAGUGGUGAAUUAAUUUUCAUUCACUUAGGAGAAUGUGGAUGUCAGAUAGGAAAAUCCAUAUGGGAUUUAUUUUGUAACACAGAAUUUAAAUCUAAUACUUAUCAAUUAUUUGAAGAAAGUAUUAGAAAGGAAAAUACAUUCACAUCCCGAAGUUUAUUCAUUGAUUCCGAUUCUAAUAUUAUUGAUCAUAACACUUUUACACAACAAAUUCGAUUAACGCAUUGUGAAAAUAAGUUAAAAUAUUGUUGUAAACAAGAAAAUAUAAUUAAUGAUUAUGAAUCUUCAAUUACCUCUUUAAGAUCUCAAUUUUCUUUUGGAAAUAAUUAUAUUAAUUAUAUUGAAGAGAGAAUUCGUAAAAUGGUUGAAAAUUGUGAUCAUUUGGAUGGAAUUAUUUUCACUCAUUCCAUUGGAGGAGGAACAGGUAGUGGAAUGAUUUGUAGAAUAUUGGAACAAUUGAGAUCCAAGUCAUGGUUAAAAGGAGUUACAAUAUCAUCAUUUAGUGUGUUUCCAAGUUUAAGUGAAAUGGCUAGUUCCACAACUUUUGAAUUGUAUAAUAUGGUUUUAUCAAUGGAGACUAUGAGAGAAUAUCUGUCCAAUAUAUCUUCAAUCCGAAAUGAUUUGAUAUAUGAUUAUUGUAAAUAUGAAUUGAAAAUAGAAAAUAUUGAGUAUAAUACUAUUAAUCAAGUAAUUUCACAAAUGAUUUCAACAUUUUUAGAACCAUGUCUAUUUUCAAAUGAAAGUUUUUCACAAAUUUCAUCAAAACUAGUUCCCUACCCAUCAAUGAAUAUUAUUUCUAAUAGUUUAAUGAGUAUAAGAAACAAUUUGGAUUGUAAAGAGUUAUUUUCCAAUCAAUAUUCAUUGACAAUCGAUGGAAUUGAUAAUGCAAAAUCCAUUUCAACAUGUAUAUCAAUGAGAGGAACUGAUUUUUACAAUAUUAAUAAGGAUAGUAUUGCUAAUUAUUUGAAUCAUAGAAAGUUAAUUUACCAAAACGUAUUCAAUUCUCAAAGAAAUAUUGGAAAUGCUUGUAAAUUAUUUAAUUCCAAUAAUAUUGUUCAUAUAGCAAAUAAUUCCACUGGUGUUAGGAAUAAUCUUGAACAGUAUUUGAAAUUGUUUGACACCAAUUUCAAGAAAUAUACUUAUAUUCAAAAAUAUGUCCUCGAAGGUCUAGCAGAUGGGGAAUUUGAACAAGCAAGGGAAAAUUUAGAAAGCUACAUUGAUGACUAUAAAGAAUUAGAUAGAGAUUAUAUUUAUAAUAUCAUCCACAAAAAAAAGUAUCCAUUCUUUAAUUAA